AUGGUUAGUUAUCAGAAAGAGAAAGCGAAGGAAGAGGAGGCGGCGGCGGCGCUGGUGGUGAAUGGUGAAGAAAGAGAGGGGGUGGUCGUCUAUGAAUGUCUUAAAAGUGAUUGGAUGAAAAGCAUAACUAGUGAUUGUUUAACAUACUUCAGCCAAUUGAUUGCAGAUCGUCAACCCUCUUCACUAUGGGAAGUUUGUUUAACUCAUUUCUGUAUAGAUUUUCUAUUAUUCUAUUUAAUACACAAUCAUUGUACACUGAAUAAACCAGUGCAGCUGGAUAUUCUAACCGCGUAUAUUGAUCGAUACGAGGCUAGCCGAAAGUCUUGUGAGUAUAUAAAACCGAAAGUAACAAAUUAUUUAAUUAGACAUUUUUUUCAACUUAUAGACAGAUUUUGA